CAGAGUAUUUGGAAUGUUCAUUUAAAGAUGGAGCUACUACAAAUAAAAUGGUAUCUUUGGAUGGUGAAAUGAUUGUAAAAAGCAAUAGUUUUAAGUACCUAGGAUCGGUAUUACAGAGUAAUGGAGAAAUAGAUGGAGAUGCAUGCAGUAGAAUUAGGGCUGGAUGGAUGAAGUGGAAAGAAGCGAGUGGUGUGUUGUGUGACAGAAAAAUUCCAAUGAAGCUGAAGGGAAAAUUCUAUAAAACAGCCAUAAGACCAGCUAUGAUGUACGGAACUGAAUGUUGGGCAGUGAAAAAGAAAGAGGAACAGCGAAUGCAUGGAACAAAGAAGGUUUACUUCUUGGGAGAAACAACAGAAAAAGUACUUCAAAGAUCUGUUAAAUACAGACCAACAAGAGGAAUUAUAGCGAAACGAGAACGGACGAGAAGAUGA